GACAUGUAUGAUUAAUUUAAUAGGAGGACUUUGGUGGAGGGCAUCCCGAUCCCAAUCUGACAUAUGCAAAGGAGUUAGUUGCACGUAUGGGAUUGUCUAAAACGCAUUCUGAACCCAAUCCACCAGAAUUUGGGGCAGCUGCUGAUGGAGAUGGGGACCGUAACAUGGUCCUGGGGAAAAGAUUCUUUGUGACUCCUUCCGACUCUGUAGCUAUAAUUGCUGCCAAUGCUGUACAAGCUAUUCCUUAUUUUUCUGGAGGUUUGAAAGGUGUUGCCAGGAGUAUGCCCACAUCUGCUGCUCUUGAUAUAGUUGCUAAACACCUGAACUUGAAAUUUUUUGAGGUACCCACUGGUUGGAAAUUUUUUGGUAACUUGAUGGAUGCUGGAAUGUGUUCAAUUUGCGGAGAAGAAAGUUUUGGAACUGGCUCAGACCACAUUCGAGAGAAAGAUGGAAUAUGGGCUGUUUUGGCUUGGUUAUCUAUCCUUGCCUAUAAGAAUAAGGACAACCUUGGGGAAGGUAACCUUGUGUCUGUUGAAGAUAUUGUUCGCCAACACUGGGCAAUCUAUGGACGUCACUAUUACACUCGAUAU